AUGGUGCCACUGCCCUCUGUCUGCUGCAGGUCCCUGGCCCUGGGCCAGCAGUACACAUCUCUGGGCUCACAGCCUCUACUCUGCGGCUCCAUCCCAGGCCUGGUCCCCAAACAACUGCGCUUCUGCCGAAAUUACAUCGAGAUCAUGCCCAGCGUGGCCGAGGGUGUGAAGCUGGGCAUCCAAGAGUGUCAGCACCAGUUCCGGGGCCGCCGCUGGAACUGCACCACCAUAGAUGACAGCCUGGCCAUCUUCGGGCCCGUCUUAGACAAAGCCACCCGCGAGUCGGCCUUCGUACACGCCAUCGCUUCUGCAGGUGUGGCCUUCGCCGUCACCCGCUCCUGCGCUGAGGGCACCUCCACCAUCUGCGGCUGUGACUCGCAUCAUAAGGGGCCACCAGGAGAAGGCUGGAAGUGGGGCGGCUGCAGCGAGGACGCUGACUUCGGGGUGCUGGUAUCCCGGGAGUUCGCGGAUGCUCGCGAGAACAGGCCAGAUGCACGCUCAGCCAUGAACAAGCACAACAACGAGGCGGGCCGCACGACCAUCCUGGACCACAUGCACCUCAAGUGCAAGUGCCACGGGCUGUCGGGCAGCUGCGAGGUGAAGACCUGCUGGUGGGCUCAGCCUGACUUCCGUGCCAUUGGCGACUUCCUCAAGGACAAGUAUGACAGUGCCUCGGAGAUGGUGGUGGAGAAGCACCGUGAGUCCCGGGGCUGGGUGGAGACGCUCCGAGCCAAGUACGCGCUCUUCAAACCACCCACCGAGAGGGACCUGGUCUACUACGAGAACUCGCCCAACUUUUGUGAGCCCAACCCGGAGACGGGCUCCUUUGGCACCAGGGACCGGACUUGCAAUGUCACCUCCCAUGGCAUCGAUGGCUGCGAUCUGCUCUGCUGUGGCCGUGGCCGCAACACGAGGACGGAGAAGCGGAAGGAGAAGUGCCACUGCAUCUUCCACUGGUGCUGCUACGUCAGCUGCCAGGAGUGCAUCCGCAUCUACGACGUGCACACCUGCAAGUAGGGGGCCAGGGCACUGGGAAGCGGUGAAGUGUGUGGCUGGGCGGAUUCACCGAAGCCCGCUGGGAAGCAGGACCUGCUGCCACG